UCUGCUGGGGUGUCUGCACCCCUCCUUACUUCGUCGGUACCAACCCCUCCACUCCACUCCCCUGCCCGCCCCUCCCCACCUUCUUCGAUUUAUUUGUGUAUUUCUUUCCUUGGCAACCACCAGUUCCCCUUAGUCAAACAGCGCAGGCUCCCUAUAAUUUGAAAUUAAUUUGUUUGACUGCAGCAUCGAGACAGGAAGGUUGGGAAUUUAUUUAAUUCUUUUUACUCCCUUUGCAAAAAGGAAGCAAUGAAAUUUCCAAUCGAGACUCCAAGAAAACAGGUGAACUGGGAUCCUCAAGGACUUAGGUUUCCUUCACUUGUUGGUCUGCCCAUGAGACCAUUGGCUGAAUUUCUUUUCUGAAUCCUUGAGAUGGGAUAUUUGGAAGAUUCCAGCAAAAACUCUGACCCUACAUCAUUCUGUGAGUACUUGGAAGCCAAACACACUGAAAUCCUGUGGUGGGAGAUUCAGACUCCUCCUAAAUGUUACUGGAACCCUGGGACACUUCCUGUGGCUGUUCCCUCAGCAGUGCCAGCUUGUGAGCCCGAGCCCAAAACUAACGGGCAACAGCCAUCUCCACAAUUCACUAUUUCCUCACGAGCCACUUUUUUUGCCGCCAUGGAAGCCCCUUCUCAAGGCCUGCAGACAGUCAUGAAUUGGAAAACAGUGUUGGUCAUCUUUGUUGUGGUGUUAGUUUACCUGGUGUCGGGAGGACUCGUCUUCCAUUCCCUGGAGCAGCCCUUCGAAAGUAUGCAGAAGAACACAAUCGCGCUGGAGAAGGCUGACUUUCUUCGGAAGCACACGUGUGUAAAUGAGAUAGAGCUGGAGACGUUAAUUCAGCAUGCUGUUGAUGCUGAUAAUGCAGGAGUCAGUCCUGUAGGACCUUCCUCUAACACCAGCAGUCAUUGGGACCUCGGAGGUGCCUUUUUCUUUGCUGGAACAGUCAUCACAACUAUAGGGUAUGGGAAGAUGGCCCCAAGCACUGUUGGAGGCAAGGUUUUCUGCAUCUUGUAUGCCAUCUUUGGGAUUCCACUGUUUGGCUUCUUGCUGGCUGGGAUUGGAGACCAACUUGGAACCAUCUUUGGGAAGGGUAUUGCAAGGGUGGAAAAAGUUUUCAGAAAAAAGCAAGUGAGUCAAACAAAGAUCCGGGUGAUUUCUACUAUCCUCUUCAUCCUGGCAGGCUGCAUUGUCUUUGUGACGAUUCCUGCAUUCAUCUUCAAACACAUCGAGGGAUGGACAGCGCUGGAGUCCAUCUACUUUGUGGUUGUUACUCUGACUACCAUUGGCUUCGGUGACUUUGUAGCAGGAGGAAAUGCUGACAUACAUUACCGAGAGUGGUAUAAACCCUUAGUGUGGUUCUGGAUCCUUGUUGGCCUUGCCUACUUUGCUGCUGUCCUGAGUAUGAUUGGAGACUGGUUAAGAGUCCUGUCCAAGAAGACACAAGAAGAGGUUGGAGAAAUAAAAGCCCACGCAGCGGAGUGGAAAGCAAAUGUGACAGCUGAGUUCAGAGAGACACGGAGGAGGCUCAGUGUGGAGAUCCACGACAAACUUCAGCGGGCAGCCACCAUCCGGAGCAUGGAGCGCAGGCGUCUGGGCCUGGACCAGCGAGCCCACUCCUUGGACAUGCUCUCUCCAGAGAAGCGCUCUGUCUUUGCUACCUUGGAAACAGGGCGCUUCAAGGCCUCCUCUCAGGAAAGCAUCAACAACAGGCCUAACAACCUGCGCCUUAAAGGGCCAGAUCAGCUUAACAAGCAUGGGCAGGGGGCAUCGGAGGACAACAUCAUUAACAAGUUUGGAUCAUCUGCUAAGAUGACCAAAAGGAAAAACAAAGACCUCAAAAAGACCAUCCCUGAGGAUGUGCGUAAAAUUUAUGAGACCUUCAGAAACUGUUCUUUGGAUGAAGAGAAAAAGGAAGAGGAGACAGAGAAGAUGUGUAAUUCUGAGAUCUCUUCUAGCACUGCAGUCCUGACCAACUGUAUCCAGCAGCACUCAGACGUGGAAAAUGGAGUGAUUCCCAACGAAACCAAAGAAAGGGAACAUGAAAACAAAGCGUUACUUGAAGACAAAAAUUAAAUAUAAAAGAUGCUUGACUUGAAUUAACAAUGUUAGUGGUUUUAUAUAUAUAUAUAUAUUGAGACACGUGCCUUAUACAGACUCCUUAUUCAAUCUGAAUUAUAUAGCAUCGAGGAAUAUUUCACUGUGCCAUAAAGACUCAAGCUUGCUCUGCCAAAACAAACCAGGAACACAGCACUGCAGAAUGGCAACAGAAAGCUACGCACAUGGAAAUUUCAGCAUGUGUAAGAUUACCAGGGCAAGACACAAGGGAAGGAAUUGAACCAUGGCAAUAUCACCAGAGUGCUCCUACCAUGGCAUAUUAGACAAAGGGCAGCUAUGUAAGAAGAGCCUGUGAAAGGGAUGAAAAAGAGUGUAUCUUUGUAGGGGAUUAUGCAUCCAUAAAGCCUUCCCCUGGUGAUUAAAAAGAGGAGAAAUGAUUGGAGUGAAUGGAAAACUUUCAGUAAGGCUUAGUUUACGUUUUGGCACGUGAUCCAAGCUAGUUUUUUUGUUUCUUUUUUUUUCUUUUUGAGUCAGAUGCAUUACCUUUCUAAACUCCAAAAGAAUGUCUAUGGACACAACUACCAGAUGAGUGCUGGUUUGAAAAAUCAACACAGAUGUAUGUAAGGGUUGGAUUACUCUUUUCAUUAAAAAAAAAAAAAAAAAAAAAAGAAGAAAAAACUCCGUGGGUAUUUAUCUUAAGCAGAAACAAAAAACAAAUAAAGAAAAACAUGGAUUUUUCUCACAAGAAAGUGCAUAUGAAGAAAAUGCAACAUCUCAUGCUAUGUUGUUUAAAAGAAGAGAAACAUCAAUUUAAUAUUUGGCUAAGUGUAUAAAACAGUGGGCCAAGUGGUUUUUAAAAGAAUUUCUCAGUCACACUUUCUACCACUGAAAAAAACCCUUCAAUUUUAAUGCUGUAAGACUAUGAAGACAGAAGGGAAACUACGACUUUUGCGUGUUGGUAAACUGCUGUUCUCUGUAGAUGAAUCUGAAUUUAGGACUUAAGAGAAUAUACACUAUUCAAAUGAGGGCCAAGGCUACCAUAGAAUCUCAGGGCUCUCUGCCCCUUUUGCUGGGUUUGGGUUUAGAUGUAAGCUGCUGUCAUAAUGUCAGAAAAAAAAAAAAAGAAAAAGAAAAAGGAAAUUUAGGAAAAGAAGUUAAGAAAUAUAUGGUGGUCAACUUUUAAGUGCUUAUAGCUUUAAGUGCCAUUAAUGCUAUCAUAUUUUGUAACUCUUUAAACAAGUAUUUUGAAUUAUUUGUUUUAUUUCCUUUCAGAUACUAUCUUUAUUUGACAUUUGCUAUCUCUUUUCCUGAUAAAAACUAAAAAUGAGUUCACUGCAUUUCUAGACUAAAGUGAAAUGUAUCCAAACUGUGGUCAUUUUUUAAAAAUCUUUUGUGCUUUCUGGACAUAUGGAUAUAAAAAAUAGAAUUGUCUCUAGACUUCACAGUAAAUAUUCAAAGAAAAGGCUGCAAAAUAAUUAAUGGGAAUUGCAGAGCAUACUAAAUUUUUUAUAGCCUCAGCCUGUGGGCUGCUGCGUGUGCCAUUUCAGAGAGAAGAUUUUGCAUGCUGGAAAUGAGAUACACAUGAUUGUGCCAGCAAUGCUUUCUCUGUGCUUUCACAAAAUCCUAAAUAUUCCUGCAAUUCAAACUGUAGGCUUAUAGGUAAGGUAAGCAUGGAUAUUGAUCUCAUAGACAUACUGACUCUUGCAAGCUAGUCAAACAUACAGACACUUGCAGGUCAUACAGACACAGAUUUUUGGAAUUGCAUGCCCCCAAAAUGCACGUGUCAUUCUAUGAUAGUUUCUGAGAUUUUAUGCACACUGAGCCAACUCAAAAUCAGACUGGUCACCAGAAUACAUGAUUGCCAUGGCUAUGAAUGGAAGCAUGGCUAUGCAAACUAAAAUUUUGAUUAUGCAUAUUUGCAUAUCUAAUGACUCUGCAGGAUUUGUAGGAAUAAGCCAAAUUCCACUAGUGCAGAGGAGGAAAGUUCAUAGUAUGUUCUGCUGGUUCACUUCUCUUGACAUGUCAAAUCAUCUUUCUAAUUUCAUUAUCUGUCUGAAAAUUAAGGAUGAAAAAGCAAUGUUUGAAAAAUUUCAGGUCAUUUGGGAUUGCUCUAACUCAGUAAGAUCCAACAGAAAUUGAAUUCUGCUUACUUCACCAAUGAAUCACUUAAGGUGCAGGGCUGCACCCUGGCUUUAUCUUACCAGAGACAGAGCAGUAAGCCCAGUCCCCAGGGGAGGUUUCAUCUGACUCAAGAGCUGCCAUGGCUUCUGGAGACUUUUAUGCCAGGCAGCCCUGUGCUCAGCGUCACAAACAUGCAGAUGGCAAUCUGUGGCCAUCCUCAGAUCCCAUCCUCCUCAAGCCACAGACAGACACCAUCAAGAUGAAGGUCUCUUCAAGCAUCAGAGUUCUUCAGCCUUCCUAUUGCUCCUGGUUUUGGGCAGGCCUUGAGUGUCACAUAUGAGUAAAUGUUCUGAAGUCUCAUGCAGAAGCACAGAGCAUCAUCUGCUAAUUCUGUAGUGCCAGGAUGAAUAAAGCAUACGUGGAUGCACUAAGGUUUUAUGUUCAGAUCUGGGGUUUUACUGUGGCGGUGGGAGAUUAGGAUUGAAAGCUAUAAUUUAUAUUUGCCUUUUAAUUCCUGAAAAGAUUCAUAAGUGCUCAAACAUGUGAUUUGGUUCCUGAGAAUUAAAGUACUGCCUGGUUACCCGAUCCUUUGCUUUGCAUCUGUGAAGGAUCAGGCACCCAAAAACAUCCUGUAUGACUCUGAAAGCAUGCAAUACAUUCAGUUUGUGCUAACAGUUCUCUUUGGUUACCAAAGGCCAAGACCAACAUCAUGCAUGCAGUGUUACCUGUUCCUUCAGCCGAGUUCUUCUCACAAGAAAAGCUUGCCAGCAAUGGAAAAGUUCUGCAUAGUCACAUUUCUGUAUAUGAAAUAUAGGACUUAGCCAUAAACAGAGCAUUUCUGCUGAUCAGGGAGAGUAAAGUCUGUCUUGUAGGACUUGUCUGUGUGAACAGGGAGUUGGACAGUGGGCAAAUCAUGGAAAACAAGUCAACAUGGACAAGUGAUUGAGGAGGCAAAUUUUGGUGGACAAAUUCAGAACUGUUAGUUCUGGUGAAAUAGAAGGUCAGUGGAAUCUUGUCAUAGUUUUAAUCUCAAUUUGCUGAGUUCUCAGUCUGUUCCCUGUCCAGAUUCUAGCUGAUGGUGUGUGUGUGUGUGUCUCAUUCUAGUUUCUGCUUGCCAUGCCAUGCAGGAGCCCCUGGCUGACAUUUUAUCAACUAUUUCUUCAGCAUCUCCUGGUUUGGGAUAUAAUAGUUCAGGGACAAAGGGUGAUACUGAAUAAACUCUCAGUGAGAUACUGAGCAGAGCAUUUGAUGACCUUUUGUGUGAAUGCAAAAUGCUCUCUUUCAUUCCUCUACAUUUCUGUGUCUGUGAACCUUGCUGAGAAAGCUGCCAGGCUGCUACUGGAGUGAAUACUUUCUUCUAUAGUAUGAUUGCCUAUUAAAUACCUCAAUAUGCAUAAUUUUUACUAUAAUAUGGGAAGUGAAAAUGGUGUAUUGCAUGGGAGGCCAGACAGAAGUGUCCGACACCUAAAAUGACAUUUAAAUGAGCUAAAUUGCUUUUCCCCUUGUAAAGGACAUCCCUUGGUUUUAAUUAUAUGCAACAGUUUGGGAGAGAAUCUCAGAUCAGACAUCAACAAUAUUAUGGGUAAAAUUCUCAUCCUCUGGCAAUGAGUAAUACCUCUAAAAAAGUCAUUAUGUUAUUUCUAGUGAGGUUGUUCCACCAUUAUAGAAAGUUUUAGCAAAAGUAGUCUGAACCAUAUCUAAAACUCCUCGCUCUAAAUUAGGGCUUUUCACAGCAGCCUGAAAAUAAGAAGUCAAACAAAAGCAUGGGUUACUGACUUUAGCACUCAGAUCAUGCCCUGAGCACAACAUAACUUGACAUGGGAACUGGGACCUGAAAGAACAAAGGAAAUGUGUUUUUCUGUAGCCACAGCCCUCACACAUAGAGGACAACUCAGCUUCUGUUUUCCUGCAGCUUUCAGCUCUGCAGUCCCACUGUCCACUGUCUUGUGCAGGAGAAUUCUGCUAAGCCACUUUGGUGAUCCUUCUGAACCAUUAACCAUCACUGAACUUGUGCAGAUAUUGCAUGAGUGAUUUUGAAAAGAUGUGUAACUUCAUCCAUGUGGCAGUCUGUGAAUUAUAUUACCCUUUAAUAGGGAACAUUAUUUCUAAUAAAUCUUAUUAGAAGUAAUAGUAAAUAAAAUUAAAAAAACUCCAGUGAUUUAUAUUCAUAAAAUCUGAUUUUGGUUGUUGCUUUGAAAUUAUAAAUCAUCUGAGCUUCUGCUGUUUGGCUUUGUGAUGUCUCUAGUACAAGUCUGCUUCUUCCAAAGCCAUUAAUGGAUUAUACCAGAGACUUUCUGCAAGAUUCUCUAACUCAUAAUAAAUGAAAGUGUAUGUUUGUGAGUUCAGGCUGUUAAAAACCCUGUCCUUAAAAAAACCUGCAUUUUCCUGAAGAAUUUGUGUUUAUGCUGUACAUGGGCUGUUCGUUUGCCAGCUUUCAUUUUCUCAGGGGUUUGUUUGUGUUGUCAGGUUGCAUGAUGUCUGCUACUCUUACUUUUUCCAUCGUCCAUUAGAAAUACAUUACAGGCAAAGACCAAGUGUUAUGCUGUGUACUAACCUAGAACAAGAGUUCUUCUACUUAAUGGAUAUGAAUUAAAACUAACUGGGAACUGCUUCAGUCCUCCCUGUACGUUUACUUGUUGUGAACUAUGUUUUGUGUAAGGCCAAAAUCUGCUCCCAUCAAGUCUGUGCAGUAAAGUGGAGGUAGCUUGUUACUUUUAAGCUUUUUAUAGCAAAGACCUGCUGUUUUAACUCAUCUCUACAGUGCCAUUUAUACUUACUGGAAUGGCAUUAUAUCAAUACUAAAUACAAAUUAGCUCAGCUUCAGAAACAGUUCCCUAGGCAUUUAAAUAUCAAUGAAAACACAAGGUAAAUCAAACAAAUCUGUGGAACUCAAGUAAAGGCUUGUAGAUUAAUGUAUGAAACUGGUUGCCUGAAAUAUAUCAGCAAAAAGGUGUAGAUCUGAAAAUCCCUUUUGGUUACCAAAGCUUUCCCCAAGGUCCCCAUCUCCUUUGCUACCAGUAGCAGUUACUGUCCUUAAUACCAUUGCUGCAGUUGUGAGAGCUAAUUUGGGGUGUCCUGAUGUAGUCAGCCCAUGUUCUGUGAGCUGAAUCAUGGUGGGUUGGAAAGGGCACUCUAAAGGCAGGACUUAUCCACAACACUGCUUUGUUCAGGAACCAGCUGAAGAAAGGUCUCCAUGCAAACAUGGCACCUGCCCAAUGUUCACAUGGCACAGGUAACUGGUUCCUGCACACAGAUUUACUGGUGAUGCCUCUCUGCUCUGUUCAGGUAGAUGUGAACUUGUGCUCCCUCAUCUCUGAUUACAGGUCACAUUGAAGCUAAGUCUUAUCACCAGGAAAUACCAGUGCUGAUGCUUUUGGAGGAAAGUGGACAUUUCUGUAGCAUGUGGCCUUUUGAGGCAAAUAGGAUCUGCUUUCUAUGGCUGAUCUUGAGAGCAAACCACAGGCAGGUGAUACUUGGCAUGUGAGAGAGAAUACUUUUGCCUCCCAAAUAUAUUCUACCCUCAUAGUCUUUUUUUCCUGUGAGAGCUGCGUGCUUAAAGAGUAAAGCUGAUGGUGUCUACUGUGAGGUGAAAGCCAAAUGGUAGCUUUCAGCCUACCAUUUAGCAGUCUCUCAGAUCCUGGAGUCAUGUAUUAGCUAUAAUUAGAAAAAGGCAGGGUUUGUGUCUAGAUCACAGCUUCCCAACAAUUUAAUUUUUUCAGGACAGUGUUCCAAUGUAGUUUUAGACUGAUUUUUUUCCAAUUUCUAAUAGAAUUUGAUUUGGACCUUGGACAGGACUGAGAAACCAUUAUUAGUAAUUUUCAACUUUUUAUUUGAAUAAGAACUUUCUCAAAAUUUGGGGAAACAUUGUGUUGGGAUGCUGUUCUACUUUUUCCUGAUCAAAUUAUACUGUAAGCAAUCGGCAAAUCCAAUUGCAAGGAUGUUCUAUCUGUUUUCUUGUCUCUGUCCCUCUUUCACUCUCUCCAUAAGAUUUAAUGGUGCUUUUGAAAGGUAUUCUCAGAAAAAGAACAAUUUCCUAAAUGUCAUUACCAGGGUACAGAGCAGAAUGUGCUUGUACUAUCUUGAAAAGUUUUGCUGCUACUGUCUUUAUUUUACGAUGUAAUGUUUUACAAAGAUUGAAAAAAAAAAUUGCAACAAAG